AUGUCGCCCGCCGAAGUUGCGCCGGCCUCUUUGACCUCUGUCUCAUUAUCGAAUUCGUCUUUGAGGCCACGCGCACCCAUAGCGGUAGAUUCGGAAAAUCUCCCGUUGAAGCAGACACCCCUCAAGCUGAACGACCCGACAAUAAACCAAUCGGCGCUUCCGAGCACGAAACAGACACUGGCUUCCAACGCAACGGAAAAGCCCUUCCAUUAUAUUUUUGAAGAUAGCCCCCGAGUAUAUAUUCCUGGGAGUGAAGAAGAUAAAAAGCUGGUCCGCAUUAUCGACUUGCACAUUUUGCCUUGUAUAUGUUUUCUGUACCUAUUGAACUACCUCGACCGGUCAAGUAUCGGGAAUGCAAGAAUUGGGGGCAUGGAAAAAGAUCUCGAGCUUAGCUCAGCAGAUUAUUCUUUGGCUGUAUUGAUAUUUUUUGUCGGAUACCUAUUAGCCGAAAUUCCAAGUAAUAUGUUGUUGACAAGAGUUCGACCCUCCAUCUUCAUUCCCCUUAUCACUUUUGGUUGGGGACUGAUAGCCACAGUAUUUUCUGUGGUGAAAACCAAAGAGGGAUUGAUUGGGGUCCGCUUUGUCUUGGGAUUUAUGGAAUCCGGAUUUUUUCCCGGUGUACUCUUCCUCCUGUCCUCAUGGUAUAGGAAAACCGAACUGGCCAAAAGAAUUGGAAUCCUUUAUACUGCAUCAAUCUUAGCGGGUGCUUUUGGCGGACUCAUCUCUGGUGGUGUGAUAACAGGACUUAAUGAGGCUCGAGGCAUCCGUGGAUGGAGGUGGCUCUUUAUCAUUGAGGGAGCAAUCACAAUGUUCGCGUCGAUGGUGGCUGUAUUCUUCAUGCCUGACUGGCCUUCCAAUACGAAAUGGCUCACUCCGGAGCAACGUGCGCUCGCAGCAGCUAGAUUGGCUGCAGACCGGCCAGCUCACGCAGAUCCACGACUCACCUUGACUCAUCUACAAGCUUUCAAGGCCGCUGUGACAGAUUGGAGAGUUUAUUUGUUCUGUUUAAUGGAUUUGAUGAUCACCAGCGAAACAACCAUUUCUUACUUCAUUCCCACCAUCACUAGAACCCUUGGAUAUAAGGGUCAGAUGGCUCAGUUCAUGACUGUGCCAAUAUAUAUAUGCACAUUUGUAGGUGUCUUGGCCAAUUCACUCUCGGCCGACUUUUUCAAUGAUCGCGUCUUCCACGUAGCGAUUCCAACCGCGGUUGCUGGAGUGAUGUAUGCAAUAUGUGCUGGAAUUAGCAAUUCGGAGGCUCGGUACGGUCUCAUAUGUAUAGGAUAUGCAGCGACUUUUGGCGCUCUCCCUGUUGUGCUCGCAUGGCUUUCAAGAGAGCUGAAUUAUCCCGAUUCAAAACGCGCUAUCUCACAAGCUCUUGUGAAUUCUGUUGGUAAUUCAGCAUCCAUCUAUGGUAGUUUUCUAUGGUCUGAUGCACCCAAGUUUACCCAUGGAUUUGUAGCAAAUUCAGUCUUUUGCUUCACUUGUUCCAUCAUUGCAAUCAUUGGCCAUCUUCUCUUUACCAAAUACCCAUCUAUGACAACGCAGUUGCAACGUGAUGCAGAAUUAUCAAUCGAGAUUCAACCCACUAAUACUCCGUUGGAUGAACGCAAAGACGUGAAAUCUUCAAUCUAG